CCUCGACUUUGCAGUUCCUUCUAUGGCUGUUUUGCGAACGGCGGUGCUGCCGCUCAGGUCUAUAUCCAGGUGUGCCGUAGGAUUUUCCGAACCGCCUGCACUACUACGCAUCUGCAGUGCAAAGCCACAAAGAUGGCAGCGUUACUAUUCACAACCUGCGCGCCCCGCGCCGUCUUCUGUUCCUGAAUUUGGCUUCGCUUUCGACAUCGACGGCGUUCUCCUGCGGGCGUCCAAGCCCAUACCUGGCGCGCACGAAGCGCUGUCGCUCCUCCAGUCCGAGCAGAUCCCCUUCAUACUCCUCACCAACGGCGGCGGGAAGACGGAGCAGGAACGCGUGGACGAGAUCAACUCGAAGCUGGGCGUGCAGAUUUCGACGUCGAACUUCAUGCAGUCGCACACUCCGUUCGCUGACCUGGCCCAGUACAAGGACAAGACGAUCUUGGUGCUCGGCGGCGAUGAGGACAAGUGCCGCUCCGUCGCCGAGAACUACGGCUUCGGACGCGUGAUCGUGCCCGGAGAUCUGUUCGUGGCGGAGCCGAGCCUGUGGCCGUUCUCGCGCCAGUUUCUGGACUUCUACAGGCGCUUCGCACGCCCGCUGCCGAAGCCGCUCUACACGCCCGGCGCGGACCCAUCCUCCUCAUUGAAGAUUGACGCCGUGUUCGUCUACAACGAUCCUAGAGACUGGGGCCUUGACGCGACGAUCGUACUGGACCUCCUGCUGUCCAAGGGCGGCGUGCUCGGGACCAUCAGUGCAAAAAACGGCGACGCCUCCCUUCCCAACAGAGGCUACCAGCAAGAUGGGCAACCGCCGCUGUACUUCUCCAAUCCUGACUUGUUCUGGGCCGCAAAGUAUCACCUUCCGCGGCUGGGACAGGGCGGUUUCCGUGAGGCGCUGGAAGGCCUGUGGGCGGCGACGACGGGAGGCGAGAAGGCGGGGGUGCGGCUCGUUAAGCAGGUCAUUGGCAAGCCCUACGCGAUGACUUACGCAUACGCUGAGGGGCUAAUGACGAGGCACCGCGAGCAGAUGAUCAAAGGCAAGGUUGAUGGGCCACCUGAACCGCUGAAGAGAGUGUACAUGGUCGGAGAUAACCCCGAGAGUGAUAUCAAAGGCGGUAAUGACUUCAAAAGUCCGGUCGGCACGGAUUGGUGGUCCAUACUUGUCAGGACAGGUGUGCAUCAAGGUGGGGAACCCAAGUGGAAGCCAAGAGUUGUCGUGGACGACGUGUAUGCAGCGGUGAAGUGGGCUUUGCAAAAUGAGCGUUGGACUUACUGAAGAAUAGAAAUUAAUGCAAUCCAAUUACUCAACA